AUGCAAAGGUUUGGUUUCAAGCUGGUGGAAUAUAGAUAUUCCUACUCCCAUUUGCUCAAUAAACUAAGCUCAUAUGUAAAUCUCAAAAGCAACACAUUUUUACUGCACGAUGCGAAUGAAUUUCCAGCUGAAAUUUUAUCUCAUCAUUUUCAACACAAUCAGAUCACCCCUGCUCUCGCAUUUUCCAAGUCAAAAGAUCGAUUUGAAGUUAUAAAAGCUUUUGUUAGAAUUGACCAAGGUGAGCAGCUUAAUUUACAAAAACUUGGCCACCAUCAGGUCAAGACUUUAAUAGAGUUAAUAAAGGUCCCACAAUACCAAAAUAAGCUUAAGAAGGAGAUUAUAAGCACAGCUGACAGUCUUACAUACGGUCAAACAGCUAUUGCUGCUUCAGUUUUUCCAACUGAAACUAUUUUUGCCAAUAGGCUCAAGCUAAAAAACAUGGGCUUUGACAACUUCGAAGAAAUGCUUUAUAUGAUUAAGUGACUUCUUUCAAAAAAUUUCAGAAAUAAAAUGAUGGUGUUUACAGAAGUCGGACUCAAGGCCCACUCCUUAUAGAACAGGCUUUCAGGUUUGAGGAUGUAUUACCAAAGAGGGAAAUUUUAAUUCUCCUGGGAGGUUUCCUGCCACUAUCAGAUGAUCUUGGAAGGGUUUUGCUUACCACAUGAUCUUUUCUCUCAUCGGAAUCAUUGGGGAGCUCUACAGGUGAUGGUUCUAGGGAGCUGAUCCUUGGGCAGGUGGUUUAGGUCAGAAAUCCAUAAUGGCGACAUUUUAGAGCCAAGAUGGGCAACUGCUUGUGGGUUUAACCACUUAUGGCUAGCAUAAUCGUUUAAUUUAAUUUUCAAACAAUUUGCAUGAUAAAGAGAUGGAAAAUUGAAUUAUUCUGCAAAUAAGCCAGCUCAUCCAAACAAAAAAUAUCGAUCUAGACUCAAUUGUGGAGACCUAUUUAGUCUUAAGUUCAGAGUAUCCGAAAGCAAUUGAAAUUUGGGAGAAGUUUGAUAAACUCGUUUUUUCACAUUUGUAUGCGGCAAUGCCUGACCAAUUCGAAAGGAUUUUAGCAAGCUUGAUUUAUACUGAUAAAGAAAAUCCUAGAGAUGAUGCAGUUUACUAUAAAAUCGCAGAAAUUGCACAUGGGAUAGAAUAUAAAUUUUUAGGAUUUGAGCAUAAUUUGUCUAUAUGUAUAUUGCUGUCACAAUUGGGAAUCCAGCCUCCAGAUAAGAUAAUUCAGCAUUUAGCUAAAGAUUAUGAAAACCAAACAGAAAGCGACAAAGCAAAUUUCAAGCGCCUAUAUGAAAAUUUAAAAUUAGACCCAAAAUUUGAUGAUAAUUUAAGUUAA